AUAACUGACAUUUUGUAUUGAUUUUUUAAGUUUACAUAAAUUGGUGAUGAUUUUAUUUUAUGAGGCAAACUAAGUUUUGAUGGGGAUCUUUUUUGUAAGAUCCGAUUUUUGGGUUGAUGUUUGUGUUUAAUUAAUGUGUUUGAGAUGUGUGUAUGUGAUUUUGAGUAGUACUGCAAGUUGUUGUUUUGUUUUAAAUUUUGACUAUGUUGUGGUUUUUUUUGUUGUUGUGAUGUUUGAUUGUUUUUGUUGUUUUCUGAUGUUUGUUUGCUGUUUGUUGAGUUUUCUUUUGUUUUGUUGAUAAUAACUUUAAUGA